UGCAUUCACUCAAGACAGGAAGGCCGCACGGCAUAUCAAAGCUAUCGUUUCCAUCGUUCGCAUGGUUACAAUAAACUAAAUUUAUACGCUGUUCAGUGUGUUUGUUGUUGUCAUCGGGUCCUGGAGCUCAGCCUCAUUUCACGUCGGGACUCUGUGGGAUUCAGACGUCUGAUACAUUCUCUCUCCGCUAUCCGGAUAUAUCUUGCACUGAGGCUGGACGUUUUUGAAAUGAUAUAGACCUGUUUUGAACGAAGUGAAAAUGAAUAAUACCGUAGAAGUGGAGUACAAUGAAAUUGCCAGCAGGAACGCUUGGCCUCUAGUUUACCAGAAAAUCGGCAGAGAAUGCCAAAGCUACCCGUACACCUGCAUUGAAGCGAAGAAGCCGCAGAACAAGCCGCUGAACCGCUACCGGGAUGUGAACCCGUACGACCACAGCCGGGUCAUCCUGCAGCGGUCCGAGCGGGACUACAUCAACGCCAACCUGGUUAAGGUAAGCACACGCAGGUACGCCGUUGGAAGGCUUGGGGGUAGAUAG